CUGUAUUGUUAAAAAUGUUCGCCUAACGUGGUUGUCAAGAAUGGCCGUCAGUUCGUUGUAGCAACAAACUACUUCCGCUGUCAACAUAGUGCCAAGCAAGGCUAUAAUAGCCUUGAUAACGACAAACAGAAGCCAUGGCUUCACUAGGAAUAGAUAUGAUUACCAAGAAGCCGAGAACGGCUAGGGAUCCCUAUACAACACUAACAGACACACAGAUCAAGAACAUCCCAAGGGAUACGGGUGCUUUUUUCAUGACACGGACGAAGAAACCUUACCCAGAGACAGGAUGGUACCGAGACAGGUAUGCCACUAACACAAACCAGCACCUGUUCCGUGGUCACAAUCAGAAGGAGCCCUACUGUUGGGUUGACACCCAGUGGCAGCGGGAUCCGCCCCAGCUCCACAACACAUGCCGGAUUGGCGCCUCUGAGAGAUGGGGACCCGAUAAAGUCGGGAACAGAACAAUGCAACAUUUCAACAAGCCCGAAGACCCAAACAGAUUCCUUACGACCGAACUCUACCGAAGACAACCCACAAACUUGCCGGGACAACUCAACAUGUCCUAUGGCCGACCGGCGGAGGGGUACUAUGCUCUCCGAAAUCCCAACUCAACCACGUGGUUCGGCUCCUCAGUACCACUAAACAGAACUCAGAUAUUACAGGACAUUAAUCCGAAAACAGCGGCCGAAUAUGAACAAAUCAGUCAGUUCAAUGAAGAUAGAACUCUAGAUAAAAAGAACAAAUACCCCCAUUACUCUGAAUAUACGGACAGAUUUACUGCCCAUUCCAAAGUCGUGCCAAUUCUCACAACGGAUUAUUUUACUCCAGAACUUUACGUCAGGUUACAACGACGAAAGAUGUAUCUGGAAGAAGCGUGAUUAAUACAAACAAUUUAAAUCAGCAUUACCCGGCACUGUGAUACAUAUAUUGUAUAUAUGGAAGAAAUCAAAAUAUGUGCAUAUUCAUACAAUAACUUUUGUACUUAAUAAAACACUGUACAUUGUUUACUCUUAAUGUGAAUGCCUGUUGAAGAUUAUAUCUCUUUAUAUUUGUUUUGUUUCAAAGUUCAAAGUUUAUAUAUGUAAAUUCUAAUAAAUAAUUGAAUGUAUAACAA